AUGGAUGAAACUGUUGCCGAAUUUAUCAAGAGGACCCUCUUGAAAAGCCCCAUUAUUGAAAUGAUGCCUGUCCUAAGAGCCUGGGAUUUUUUACCUGAAAAUGAACUACAGUCGGUAAACUUCAAGCAGAGGAAGGAAUUGCUUGUUCAAGACUUGGUUCUGCUUUGUGAGGAGAAUCGGGCAAAGCUCCAAGAUGCCGCCCUUCUAGACCUGACUUAUACUCAAUUUCAUCAACAUCAGAAAUUCUGGGAUGUUUUACAGAUGAGUAGAUUACCAGGUGAAGAUGCUGAUGACCUCUUUGAUGUGGAACAAUUCAAACGAUCAUUUAAGAAAAUUCUCCAGAGAGCGUUAAGAAACGUGACUGUCAGCUUCAGGACGAAGGAGAAUGCGGUGUGGAUUCGAAUUGCCUGGGGAACACAGUACCGGAGGCCAAACCAGUACAAGCCAACUUUUGUGGUCUACCACCCGCAGACAUGCUACGCCUUCGUUUCUUUCUCCCGACUCAAGAGCAACAGUCCUCUACUGGCCAGGCCUCAGUUUAAACUGCCUCACAAGCAUGCCCUGCUUGUUGCUACCAAACACCAUGAGAUUGUAAAGUUGGACCUUCGGAGCAGAUACCUGGACUCACUCAAGUCCAUCGUUUUUAAGAAAUACAAUCAGACCUUUGAAACUCACGACUCACCUUUUGAGACCCCUGCUAAAUCUUUGAUUUAUAGUGGAUUCAAGAUCACUCAUGAAAACAUAAUUGAAAAAGAGAGAGUCCAAAGAGUAACUGAAGAAACUUUUGGGAAUUAUCCUCAACCAGACUGGAAAUUUGCCCAGUAUAAGCUUGAAACCAAGUUCAAAAGCCAGUUAAGUGGAAGCAUCUUAGCUGAGAGAGAAGAACCCCUCCGAUGCCUAGUCAAGUUCUCUAGCCCGAAUCUUCUAGAAGCAUUGAAAUCCUUAGCACCUGCAGGUAUUGCAGAUGCCCCACUUUCACCAUUGCUCACUUGCAUAUCCAGUAAAGGAAGGAAUUAUUUUAAAAUUAAAGAUAAAUAAGCUGCGUAGUAUCUGAUCA